AUGUCGGCGUCAUCGGCCAGCACGUCGCCCGCCUCGUCGACGCGAGAGCCAGUCAAGGCGGUCCGUAACAAGAAGCCGCACUCAUGCACCGAAUGUCGCCGGCGCAAGAAGCUAUGCGACCGCCGUGUGCCAGGGUGCAAUCAAUGCGUCUCGCGCGGGACUGUGAGCCUGUGUCGGUGGGGCGACGAGCGCGAUGCGCAGCCGGCCCGAGCACGCGAUGCACAGAGGGCGCUGCACUCGUCGCGACCAUCCUCGCACGCCUCCCCUUCGCAGUCCGUGCUGGACAAUGAGCAAUCUCUCAUGUACGAGCUCAGUCGAGGCGAGAUCACCGCCCAUCAGGGCGAAUUGUCGUCGUUGAGAUCCGCGUCGCCACCACAGACAUCUCGGGACAAUAAUGGCCCCGAUCGGCAUCUGGCAUUUGCACACGCCAAAAUCCUCGUCGAUCUCUUCUUUUCCACAGACAUGUUUUCAGGCAUGGUCGACGAGCAGCUCGUUUUCGACACCCUGGCCGGGGCUAUGGCUGCAGACUCGCCGUAUGCAGGCGGCAGACUGGUGGAGCUGCGGGCAGACAAGCCCGACGUCUACGCCUUGAUCCUGUACCUGUGCUCAUCGGCGCUCUUUCUGAUGCCGCAGACGUAUGCGAUCACGCUGGGUCUCGUCGAGCAGGGCGACGAGGUGAUUGAGCUGGUCGGCUUUUUGGACAAGGAGGCGCAACGCGCCUUGUCGUCGAUGAAAAAGGCCACGAUUGAAAUGGUGCAGGCGCGCAUGCUGUUCCAGCUCAAUCUUGCCCACCGCGUCGAUCUUCGAGACCACGUCGAGACAAUGGACAGCAUCAUUCGCACCGCACGGUGCCUCGGCCUAGACCGUCUGGGCACCGUGGAGCAGGACGAGGCAAUGUGGCGCGCGAUGGAUCUGCAGGGCGAGACACCGGGCACGGCCGACUGGCACUCUGCGGCCCUCCCAGCAAUGAGGAGCGAGAGGUCCUGGGCGGCCACCACGCUUCUCCGCCGCGAUCGCCGCGCGCGCAAUCUGGGCCGCUUGCACUGGCUCUUUUUGCGCGGCAAGGACUGGGCCCUCGCGCAGAUGCUGGGCUCCUACACGGUGUACAAGGGCUCCUACACGACCGGGCUUCCCCGAGUGUACAAGGAGCCGUCGACGGAUAACUUCAGCGAGAUGCAGCAGACAAUGUAUUCGAUUGCCGACGUGGGCCUCGAAGCGUUCCGGCGCUUCGCCGACAUUUGUGCAGACGCAGAGACCCAAGGACGGACAAUCGACUAUGGCGCCAUCCUCGAGCUUGACAGCGAGAUCAUGGCUACCCUGGCGUCUCUUCCAGACUGGCUCCAGGUGGACAAGGUGCCGAGGAGCAGAGAGAUGGCCAAGGCACGCAUGGGCGCCGUCAUGGUCUGCUCCACGCUGUGGCAUAGACUGUUCAUGAUUCACCGGCCCUUUUUGCUCUUGAGUCGCACGCAACCCGAGCAGUACGGGCUGUCGUCGUCGCGCUCGUGGGACUACGCCAUGAUGUGCAUCAAGGUCAUGCAGGGCAGCGACAACAAUCUGAUGAUGAAGAACAUCGGCGUCGUCUUUCGCAUGAUCCAGGCUGCCCUGGUGCUCAUCUCGCAUCUGUUUCUCAAGUCUGUCCAGCUGGACAUGGGCGAGGUCGUCGAGGUGCACGAGCAGAUCCAGUUUGUCGUUACGACAGUCAAGCACAUCGAGAGUCUCUGCGACCCGCGCAGCGUCUUUGCCGGCCAGGGCCGCCGCCUCGAGGCCGUCCUGGUCGCGGCCUCCAAGAUCAAGAGCGGAGUCACACCUCCACUCAGUCUCUCACUCGACCACGGCCGCUUUGCAGCACAACAGAACCCCUCUUCCCAUAUGCCAUCCGUUGCUCGGUCCUGUCUCGACACGGCGCUGGACGAGCACCUGAUGCGACUCUUGUUUGAGUGCGAUGCGCCUGUUCUCGACCCCGAACACUCUCAAAACGCGGCUGCACGGGCUGGGAGCGUCUUUGCGUCGGGCGACGUGGUCUGGGACGAGCUGCUGAACCUCGUCGAUGGGGCAGCGCCGAGGUAG